AUAUCCUAAACGCGUAAAAUGAACGCAUGCGUCGGUUUUGCAUGCGUUUUAAAACGUGUUAGUGUUGGUGGCGCGCAGCAUUGGAAGCCACUCGAACAACAAAGAGGACGAAACGUCGACGAGGAGAGGUAGUGGAGAAGGUUUUUUGGAAUUGGUUGGUUGGAGGGGAAAAGGAGGAGAUACCGCGUCGCGGUACUGGAAUCAAGCAACCUUAGGUCAGUUUGUGGUGUUAACUAACAGUACUGAUCGAGCAACCGUGUGAGGGCACCGAGUUAAACCGUAACCAAAGAAACGCGAUACAUCUCUACUAUUACAACAACAUUUUUGUUUGGUUUUCUUCGUUUUUCACGUUACAAGUUUUUGCGGUGAUUGAACUUGAGUCGAAGAAAAGAAAUCGAGAAAAUUAAUGAUAAGAUAAAAAAGAAAACCGUGUCAACAACAGGAAAUCUCGCGUUGAUAUCGCGGUCUCAUUAAAAAAAAUUAAAACUAGAUGGACGAAGAUAUCGUUUGAUAAACGAGAUCCAAUUAAUCGAUAACGAUGACAUUUCCCAACUUUUAUUCGACGCGAAUUCAUCUUAAAACUCAGUUUAAAGCGCGUCAUUAAACGAAAAUUGUGAUAAAAACGUUUAAAGUGUUUUAAAUCGAACUGAAAAGGAAAAAAAUGUUUCGGUUUAGAUAAUUUUGUUGAAAUCUAGUCAAGGGAAUUACAAUUUUAAUUAAUAAUGAUGGGUUCUUUAACUCGGAGAAGAUCGCUUUUAAUAAAAGUGGUUGUUGUUGUAACAACAGCGUGGUUUACGAUUGCUUUUUUGCUGUACACGGAUAAUCAAGCGGAAAACACUCGAGUGGCUCUCCCGUUAGAAGAUAAUAACGAAAUGAACAAGAGGGAAGUGAAUGAUGUUGAUCAACAGGCUCCACUUGUUAGAGUUAAUCCUUUUCAAAAUGAGAAGAGUUCCAGCGAAGAUAGUGUAGGGAGGAAAGAAGAAAAUAACGAAGGAGGGGUGUUAUUACCACCGCAAAAUUUGCCGGGGGAAAACGGCGAACCGGUUACAAUUCCACCGAAUCUUCCACCUGAAGAAAAGAAAAAAUACGAUGAAGGUUGGACGAAUAACGCAUUUAAUCAAUACGUUAGCGAUAUGAUAAGUGUACAUAGAUCACUUCCGGAUCCGCGAGAUGAGUGGUGUAAAUCUCCUGAUCGAUAUUUAAAGAAUCUUCCGAAAACAUCGGUGAUUAUUUGUUUCCAUAAUGAGGCUUGGUCCGUUCUUCUCCGGACGGUUUAUUCGGUGUUGGAUCGCUCACCGUCCCAUUUAAUCAAAGAAGUUAUUUUGGUUGAUGAUUUCUCGGAUAUGCCCCAUUUAAAGGGGCAACUUGAGGAUUACUGGAAAUCGGAGCCGAAAGUGAAAAUUGUGCGGGGGAAGAAACGGGAGGGAUUAAUCCGAGCGAGACUUUUAGGCGCUAGACACGCCACGGCACCGGUUUUAACAUAUUUGGAUAGCCAUUGUGAGUGUACGACGGGGUGGUUGGAGCCCCUUUUGGACCGGAUAGCGCGGAAUUCGACUACAGUGGUUUGUCCCGUUAUUGAUGUGAUCGAUGAUACCACCCUUGAGUAUAAAUUUAAGGAGGGUUACGUAAAUGUUGGCGGUUUUGAUUGGAACUUGCAGUUUAAUUGGCACGCCGUUCCCCAAAAAGAAAAAGCGAGAAGGGUUCACGCUUCCGAACCAGUUCAUAGCCCUACGAUGGCUGGGGGUUUAUUUAGUAUCGAUAAGGAAUUUUUUGAACGGCUUGGUACUUACGAUAGUGGAUUUGACAUUUGGGGUGCUGAAAACUUGGAACUUUCGUUUAAAUCGUGGAUGUGCGGUGGUACUUUGGAGGUGGUGCCGUGUUCGCACGUCGGGCACAUUUUUAGGACUCGAUCUCCGUAUAAAUGGCGCUCGGGGGUGAAUGUGCUGCGUAGGAAUUCGGUGCGUUUGGCCGAAGUUUGGAUGGAUGAUUAUGCUAAGUAUUAUUAUCAACGGAUUGGGAAUGAAAAAGGCGAUUAUGGAGAUGUUGCGUCGAGGAAAAGUUUGCGCAAAAAAUUGGGGUGUAAAAGCUUCCAAUGGUAUUUAGAUAAUGUUUAUCCAGAAUUGUUUAUUCCCGGGGAAGCCGUUGCUUCUGGAGAGAUUCGUAACAACGGUUACGGUGGGAGAACUUGUUUGGAUGCGCCUUCGAGAAAAUCGGAUUUAUAUAAAGCAGUCGGUCUUUAUCCUUGUCAUAAACAAGGGGGGCACCAGUAUUGGAUGUUGAGUAAAUUCGGGGAAAUACGAAGAGACGAAGCUUGCUUGGACUACAGCGGGAAAGAUGUUAUUUUGUAUCCGUGCCACGGCUCCAAAGGAAAUCAAUAUUGGGAGUACGAUCCGGACACGAAAUUAUUAAAACACGGGAGCAGUGAUAAGUGCUUGGGAAUUAAUCAAGGCAAAGAUAAGCUGGUGAUGGAGCAUUGCGACGAGGAGUUAACCCACUUGCGUUGGACGUUGGAGAAUUACGACUCCUCGAAAUUGUGAUUAAACAAAAUGAAUAGACUGAAUUCGGAAUGAUCUCCGAGAAUGGAUUUAAAAUUUAGUGGCAUUCCAGUUAUUCGUUUCUUAUUAAUGAAAUAUGCUCAAUGUAAAAUGUAAACAUUCCCUUUUUUAUUUUUUUAAUUGUUGGUUUUUAUUUAUUUAAAAAAAUUAAACUAAACAUAUCUUUUUUAAAAUGUACAUAUCUAAAACAAAAAGAAAAAUAAUUUUAAAGUUACAUAAAUAAUAAUAAAUCUGUAUUAUUCGAUUUCGUCAAUUAAUAGUAUUUAAAAUAACAUAACUAAGUUGCCAUAAAUAGGCCAAAACGAGAAAAAAUCAAUUUCUUUUUCUAAGGAUGUAAGGAUUAAAAAGAACAGGUUUUAUUAAUUAAUUUAUUUAUUGUUCAAACCUGUUUUUUUGAUCUUAAUCCCUACACCCCCAAUAUCGAAAUGUGCCUUAUUUUUUUUCUUUGUAAAUAAAGUGUUAAUUAUAAUUAA